AUGCCUACUCAUUUGAGCAAGACCCGCAAGCACCGCGGACACGUCUCGGCCGGUCACGGUCGUGUAGGCAAGCACCGCAAGCAUCCAGGUGGUCGCGGUCUUGCUGGUGGACAGCACCACCACCGAACCAACAUGGACAAGUACCAUCCUGGUUACUUCGGAAAGGUUGGUAUGCGAUACUUCCACAAGCAGGGCAACCACUUCUGGAAGCCAGUUAUCAACUUGGAUAAGCUCUGGUCCUUGAUCCCCGCCGAGAAGCGCGACAAGUACCUCACCUCCAAGAAGAGCGACACCAUCCCCGUCCUCGACCUCCUCCCCCUCGGCUACAGCAAGGUCCUCGGCAAGGGCAGACUCCCAGAGGUUCCUCUCGUCGUUCGCGCACGGUGGUUCAGCAAGGAGGCCGAGCGGAAGAUCACCGAGGCUGGUGGUGUUGUUGAGUUGGUCGCAUAG